AAUUAUAUUAUUAUAUGCUCAAGUUUACCGAUUUAUCGUUUACAUUGUUUUUCAACGAACUAUUAUGAAACUAGGUAAACAAAGAUUUUUGUAAUAUUUUCUAAAAUACCAUCUUAAGGAAAUUCUAGCGAAAAAAAUGGAAUAUGAGAAAGUUAAAAAUAAAUCGGGCAAAUAUUCAUUCAAAUCAAAUGAUGUGAUUGAAAAUGUGACAAUGUUAAUCGAAAAAAACGCAAAAGAAAUAGAAAAUGCAAGCAGCAUAUUAGAGACAACGAAAAUUACGGAUUUAAAUACUGACUGCAUGGAAACUAUUUUUGAGUAUUUGGAAUUUAACGACUUGUUAAAUCUUGCUGAAAGCAGCAAACAAUUUUAUACUGCAGUAUGUGAGGUCUACAAAAGGAAUUUUGCCAGCCAAACACUGACAAACAAUGAUAGGAAAAGUUCUUCAAAAUAUGAUGAGGAGAAAAUGAUAUUAAUCAAAACAAAUCCAUUGAAAGUCUUACGCAAUUUUGGACACGUAAUUAAGAAUUUCGAAGUCGAUUUUCGGUGGUUAAAUGCAAAGCUUUGCGCUGAAAUCGAAAAUUAUUUGGUGAUAUAUUGCUCUGAUUCAUUACAACGAUUAUGUGUAUUCCCUGAUAGAUCGGAAACUACUUUCAAAGAUUUACAAAAACCAUUGGAAAAAGUAACAUAUUUGAAAAUAAUAAUUACAUUAGAUCAAAACAUAAAUCACAUACAAUUUCUUAAUGAAAGCAAUCUACCAAAUGUCAACAAAAUAGAGAUAUAUUCUUACAAAUUUAACACUUUUGGAGAGAGUUCGAAAAAAAUUCAUUUUGAAAAUAUUGAAUAUUUCAAGUAUUAUGGUAUGCGAUCUAGUAAAUAUCCAUUUUCAUUUGGAAAUCUUAAGCAUCUUAGGAUUAGGGGUAGUUGUCAAGUAAAGGAUGCAUUAUGCGAAUUUAUUGGUAACGUUAAAGAUUUGAAGACAUUGCAGCUUAAUGAAGGUUGUGUGGAUGCGGAUUCGUUGUGUAAAAUAUUAGAGCUACAAAAUGUCUUAUCAAAUCUUGAGGAAAUACAAAUCGAAUGCUUAUUCGUUCUAAAGUUUUCUCCUGGCGAUGUUCUUCGCUUUCUGAAACAUCUCAAAUUACUUAGGAACAAACGACUCCAUGGGAACAAUAUCAUCAAAUUUGGGUGUUGAAUGGAAUAAUUACACAAGAGACAUUGAAUUUGGUAUUUUUAAAUUUAUUGCCUAUGUUUUUGAAAGAAUAAUUGAAAGUUGAUUUUAAUUGAAAUAAUACUGUUUGACCAUUCAAUAUCGGUUGGGACAUAUUUCGAUGCAAAGAAAACGAAGGAAAAAACGGAGAAAAAACACGAUAGAUUUCACUCCGUUAUAGGUCAAGAAAAUAAAUUCAUUUUGUAUUUACUAUUCAGUGUAUAUGGUCUUUCCAUAAUUCCAAGAAUAAUUUGAUACUUUCAUUUUUGAUUCAUUGAACUUAAUUUUUUUUAAGUGAAUAAAUUUUAUCCAUGUUUCAAAUACUUUAAAAUGCAAGGCAAACUUACCAAUUUGCCCAGAAAGUGAAUGACAUUUUAUUUAAAAAGAAUGCUCACCUUUUUACUUUUCCGCACACAUAGUAUUUUGUAUUGGAAUAUAUUGGUGGCAUAUUCGUAUAUAUUUGUUCAUAUUCUUUUGCGAAGUUGUUUCGCAAUCUCCCCCUAGCAUCAAUAGCACAACAAAGAGAAUUUGCUAUUGAUUAAACCAAAUAAAGCAAACAAACAUAUAUGACACUUUUUGUUCGGCCGAUAUUGUGACUAUUUAUCAAAAUUCACUUUAUUGACAUUGAACUUAAAGUGACCAAAACUAUUUUUACCAUUACGUUGUAGAAGACGAGCAAUAUUUGAUUUGAUUUCCAUGAUAGCAACUUAUUU